AUGGGAAAGGCUGAAUGCGAGAGAAAAUUAUUUGCUGGGGAAGUCCACAUAGGCCAAUGGGUUUUGGUGGGGUUUGGAUUCCGAAUAGGUCUCUGUGAUCAAGAUGUUGGCAGGAAGGACGUUUUCCCAGUUGAUCGGGUGAUAGAAAGCAACAUGGCCCAGUCUCCGUCUAUGCUAGACUGUGCUACCUGUAUAUCAAAUGGGAAAAUUGAUAAACAUGGUGAAAUUUUUUCUAACAAUGAUGAUGAGAUAGGAUGCCAAAAUAUGAAAUCUGAUGUGCUUGAAGAUUUGGAAACCUCUAAUAAUGUCGACCAAGAAAGCAUAACGAGUAAUGGUUCUUCUCCGGUGCCUAAUUCUAGUGAAUCAAGAGGCUCCAAGCGUCUGAAUGAGGAUGAGGAACUAAACCUUGAUAAUAAGAGGGGUCGAACCGUUAUAAUAGAUAGCGAUGAUGAUGCUCCACUGAAAGAUAUUUCAGACUGCAAUUUGAUAAAAUCUGAGGACCAGUCCAAUGUGGAUGCGAGUAUGUGCAUAUCUGCCCCUGGUGGUCUUCCUUCACAUAGUCUGAAUAAGGUCUACUGCACUGCUUGUAAUAAACUUGCUGUCGAAGUGCGCUCACAUCCACUUCUGAAGGUGAUUAUUUGUACAGAUUGCAGAUGCUUAUUGGACGAAAAGAUGCAUGUGAAGGUAUGGGCAUGA